CCGGCGCCGCGGGCCGAGGUGAGCGCGCGUGGGCUGGUCAGGCCUGGCCGCGGCAGCCCGGUGUCUGGCCUGGCGCCGCCCGCGUCCGCGCCGGACUCGGCCGGAACUCCGGGAGCGGCGGUCGGGCCGGCGGACGCGCGCCCGAGUGCCCGGGAGCGCGCGCGGGGAACGCGGCGAGUGCGGGGGAGGGGCGGCGGGGCUGUGAGUGGACUCUGGGGUCGUGGAGACCCGGUACCCCGGACCGGGCCCUGCGUCCCUGAGCCUGUGGGCCCCUCCGGACUCUCCGGCCACGUCUCUGGACUGGGACCGAAAAGGGGCCCCUCCCUCCUGCCUUCCCCAAAAGGCUUGAAGUGAGCCUCGGGAAGAGGGAACCCGGAUGGGCUGAUGCCCGGAGUCUCUUUCCCGGCGCUGUCGGCGUCGUGGGCGGAGGGUGGAGAACGCAGUGGGCAGCACUGCCCGGCGCCUGGCAGGCCUGGAUCCCCCCUGGCCUCCGGGGCGCUAAAUGCCUGUAGCUUCUCCUCCCCUCCAGCCCUUUGUGACAGCUCCCAAAUCCGCCCCCCAAAUUCAAAGGUUUGCAGCUCUCCUCCCCAGAGCACAGGCUUAGAGCUUCCUGGGUUUGAAUUUGGCCGCCGCUGUGAGCCUCAGAGGUUGCCGACCUGUACACUGUAAUACCUUGCUGGGUAAUUGUGAGGAUUAGACACGACUUGAACCGGGCCUAAUAAGGAGCUGAUGCAUAGUGUUAAAGAAAAAGUUCUCAGAGACUCGUUAAAAACGAAGAUGCACGGUUGCCUCCGAGGCUUCUCAGGCAGGGCGUGUGAAUUUGUCCUUUCUGAAAGUGCGUCCCUCUCAUCUGCAUAGCAUCACUGUCACUCCCCCUCCAGUGUCCUUGUGAGAGGCUCUGUGAAGACCUGGUUCUCCCAGGGACAACUCCGUCCCAGAAGCACGUCACCUAAAAGGACUUGCCAAGCCAGACGAUGCCCGUGGAGCUGGGGCAGGCUCCAGUCCUGCUGCCGCCACUGGCCAAGGCCAAGGAGUCCGCGUUCUCUGGACCAGAUGCCACCCCUCGCGGGGAGCCCUCCAGCUCUGAGACUGCACGCCAGCUUUUCAGGCAGUUUCCUUACCAGGUGAUGUCCGGGCCCCACGAAACCCUGAGACAACUUCGGAAGCUCUGUUCCCAGUGGCUGCAGCCAGAGGUUCACACCAAGGAGCAGAUCCUAGAGAUCCUGACGUUGGAGCAGUUCCUGACCAUCCUGCCCGGGGAGAUCCAGAUGUGGGUGCGGAAACAGUGUCCAGGCAGCGGGGAGGAAGCAGUGACCCUUGUGGAGAGCUUGAGGGGGGACCCCCAGAGGCUGUGGCAGUGGAUCAGCAUCCAAGUUCUGGGACAGGAAGUCUUAUCACAGAAGGCGGAGCCUGAAAGCUGCCCACUGGGGGAAGCGGAGGCCCACGUUGAAGUGCCUCAGGAGCUGGGGCUUCAGAACUCAGCCUGCCGGUCUGGGGAGCCACUGAGCCACAUCGUGAAAGAGGAGGCCGACUCGGAACACGGACUAGCCCUGGCUGCCUCCCCACUUCCUGCCCGACCUGAGGAAAGGCUCAUCAGAGACCAAGACUUUGGAGCCUCCCUUCUCCACACAGCACCUCAGGAGCAGUGGAGGCACCUGGAUUCCACUCAAAAGGAGCAGUACUGGGACCUCAUGCUGGAGACUUACGGGAAAAUGGUCUCAGGAGGCAUUUCCAAUCCCAAGCAUGACCUGACUGAUCCAGCUGGGUUUGGGGCAGAACUGACAGGACCACACCUGCACAUCAGCGAGAAGAUCCCAAGACCCACCUGCAUAGGGGACAGACAGGAGAAUGACAAAGAGAACUUAAACUUGGAGAACUACAGGGACCAGGACCCUCAAGCCUCAGGAGAGCCUCCUCAGACUUCCCUGAGUGGCCUCUUCAGCAAGGAUGAGCCGAGAUGCUUUGGAGAAGGAGAGAAUCUCCCCGAGGCCCAGGAGAACCUUCAUGGUGAGGGGACAGGGGCACAGCUCUCUCGCCGAGAGAGGAGUUCCGGGACACAGCUGGGUCAGCAUCCGCCGCCUCUUCCCGGAGAGCCGUCCGCGCCGUGGCUGGAGGGGAAGAGAGAGGCCUCCCCGCGACGGCAGCCGAGAGCCCCCAUGGCCCAGAGACUCCCUACCUGCAGGGAGUGUGGGAAAACCUUCUACCGGAAUUCCCAGCUGGAUUUUCACCAAAGAACUCACAGUGGAGAGACGUACUUUCAGUGCCCCACCUGCAAAAAAGCCUUUCUGCGGAGUUCAAACUUCGUGAAGCAUCAGCGAAUCCACACGGGCGAGAAGCCCUGCAAGUGUGAUACGUGUGGGAAGGGCUUUAGCGACUUCUCGGGGCUGCGCCACCACGAGAAAAUCCACACGGGGGAGAAGCCCUACAAGUGCCCCAUCUGUGAGAAGAGUUUUAUUCAGAGAUCCAACUUUAAUAGGCAUCAGAGGGUUCACACGGGAGAGAAACCCUAUAAGUGCUCCCGCUGUGGGAAAAGUUUCAGCUGGAGCUCAAGCCUUGCCAAACAUCAAAGAUCCCAUUUGGGAAAGAAGCCCUUUCAAUAGCCAAGCUCUCUGAGCCCAUGUCUGUCUCCCCGUCCAUUUAAAAAUACUUGGCGGGCUUCCCUGGUGGUGCAGUGGUUAACAAUCCGCCUGCCAAUGCAGGGGACACGGGUUCGAGCCCUGGUCCGGGAAGAUCCCACAUGCCGCGGAGCAACUAAGCCCUUGUGCCACAACUACUGAGCCUGCAUUCUAGAGCCCGCGUGCCACAACUACUGAAGCCCGUGCGCCUAGAGCCCGUGCUCCACAACAAGAGAAGCCACCGCAAUGAGAAGCCCACGCACCGCAACGCAGAGUAGCCCCCGCUCGCCGCAACUAGAGAAAGCCCACGUGUAGCAACAAAGACCCAACGCAGCCAAAAAUAAAUAAAUUUAUUUUAAAAAAACAAACAAACUUGGCUCCAUCCGGAGAAAUUGCAUCUCUUAGAAAAUAUCCCUGUUCUCUCAUUUUUUCAUGGAUUGGAGAGGAGAGACUGGGACAUGGUUUUAGACGCGGAGGAUAUCUCGGCCUCUGGAUCGGAUUUCACGCAGGUUGACUUUCUUCUGCAUCAGGAGAAAGAAAAGUCUUCACCUUUUCAGCUCAUCUCUUCUCUUGGACCCCUUGGGGAAAAUGUGUCAUUUGGAGGUCCCGUUUUAGGAGUGGUCUCUGGGAAGGGUUUAACUGGAUUAGCUGCAGCUGCUGCUGGGAAGAACCUCAGAUCCGCCCUUUAGAACUGUGGUCCUAGAGCAGGUCUUCUGUUCCAGAGGGGGGAGCGUAGAGGCCAGUGAGCUCAAGUGUGGUCUUUGUCAUAAAGGUGCAAAGCUAACUCCAAGCGUCCCUUGUUUUCAAUAAACUUGGUGGU